AUGAUCGGUUCGACGACGGUGCCCCGGAUUGCGGGUACAACCCUUCAAGCUGCCAAGAUUGGCAUGGAAGGCUUCGGUACUGCGCGCACAUACUCACAGGACUUGACCAUCCAGCGCAAAACGGGCCGCAAGAUGGUCGCUUCGGGGCCGUAUGGUCUCGGGCGCAGUUCUGUGAACGGCCAUGUCGCGACUGUGUUUGGUGCUACGGGUUUUUUGGGACGCUACCUUGUGAGUAAGCUAGCCAAGCUUGGUACCCAGGUGGUUAUUCCUUACCGCAACGAGGAGGAAAAGCGUCAUUUGAAAUUGCUUGGCGACCUUGGCCAGAUUGUGCCGCUAGAGUGGAAUUUGCGCAACGACCAACAGAUUCACGAGUGUUUGCGGCAUUCCGAUUUGGUCUACAACUUGACCGGGCGAAGCUACAACACCAAGCGCUUUUCUCUUAGCGACGUACACGUCGACGGCACUCGCCGCAUUGCCCAAAUUGCGCAAGAUGCCGGUGUCGCGCGCUUUAUCCAGAUGUCCCACUUGAACGCCGACGUGGAUUCGGAGAGCGAAUACUACCGCACCAAGGCGUUGGGCGAGGACGCGGCGCGCAUGGAAUUCGACGGCGCCACCAUUGUGCGUUCUUCCAGCAUGUAUGGUCACGAGGAUCGAUUUUUGAACAAGAUGGCUGGGUGGCCCAUCACUUGGAAACUGAAUAACGGCCAGACUAAGAUGCGCCCUGUGCACUCGCUUGAUGUUGCACAGGCACUUACUAUCAUAGGUCUUUCUGACCCUACUUCGAUUGGCCAGACAUUCUCGCUUGCGGGUCCCAAGACCUACACGGUGCGCGAAAUGCUUCAAAUUGUCGAGGAUGUUACCUACGGCAAGAUUAUAUCUCCCGAUAUCAACGUGCCGCGUUUCUUAUACAAGUUUAUUGCGCGUCUUGGCGAGAAGUACGUGUGGUGGCCCAUGUUUAACUCGGACGAGGUGGUCCGCCGCUUUAUCGACGACAAGCCCGAUGCACCUGGCACAAAAACGUUUGAGGACCUUGGUAUCGUUCCCGAUGUUAUGGAGGAUGUCGCAAUCCUCUACUUGCGUCGCUUCCGCAGCCACCUGCGCUACGAGCAGCCCAUUCCCAACCAACAGUAUGGUGCAGUGAAACUCAAAAAGGACAAGCUCCGAGUUGUGCAGUAG